AUGGCUCACAACUCGGACUCGAUGUCCCCGCCUUCAUCGUCACAGCUGAUCAGAUCUGGGAGGAAAGGGUCCAAGAAAGUCAGGACGGGUUGUAUAACAUGCAAAAUUCGUAAGGUCAAAUGCGACGAAGAAAAGCCAUUCUGCAUGCGGUGCACCAAAACAGGGAGGAGAUGUGACGGUUACCUCGACGCCAAAGCUAUAUCACAACGCCGGCGCCGGUCCGGUGGUCUGGGGCAAAAUGCUGCGGGAGAGCCUCAUGCUCCGUUGGCCACGCUCUUCGAAUGGGCUACCGGGGACGAGAAGAGGGCCUUUCACUUCUUCCAGCACGUAACAGCGCCAUGUCUCGCCGCCGACCACGACGGCGCCUUCUUUCGAGUGCUGGUUCUUCAGAUCUGCCAGACGGAACCAGCAGUGAGGCACGCCGUCCUUGCUGUCAGCAGUUUACACGAGGGGAUGGUGCAGGCCGCCAUGAUGCCUCAACUGCUUCACAACAACGACAGUGAGAACCGAAGCUCGUUUGCCCUGUUUCAGUACAACCGCGCCAUCGCCUGCCUGCUCGAACAAAUGAGGACGGUUAACGCCCGGCCACUAGUACCAUUACUCACCUGCGUGCUGUUUGUCUGUAUCGAACUCAUGCAGAGCAAAGACAAGGAGUCGCUCAUCCACCUCGAGCAAGGACGGCAGAUCCUCUCACAACUAGGGCCGAGAGUUACAGGAAGAAGCCCCGAGAUCGAUCUCAUCAAGCAGCAUCUCGUGCCAAUGUACACACGCAUGUCUCUCACCUCGUUGAUGCUGGGCUGCGCGCCAACCGCCAUCCCGGAACCGCUGAAAACCCUGACCGAAGUCCCCAUGGUGUUCAAGACCAUCGACGAGGUCCGGUACGCGCUGUACGACUUUAUGGACCAGUGCCUGAGGUUCGCCAAAAAGUCGCACGCCGCCAAGAUCAGCAAGGUGCCCGAGGAGGACAUGCGGGCGUUUGAGCUGGAGCAGGACGUCCUCCUCCGCAAGCUCGCCAAGUUCAACGUCGCCUUUUCGCUGUACCGGUCGACAAAGGCCAAGGAAGCACCGCCCGGCUCCAUCGCCCUGAUCCAAGUCCACGUUCACACGACGUUUAUAUGGGUUUCCACCGCCCUCAGCCGGCACGAGACGGUUUUUGACGACUAUGUCGAUACUUUUUCUGCCAUCAUUCCUCUGGCGUCGGAGUUUAUCAACACGCUGCUGUCGCCGCAGGGGCAGGGGCCAAAGGGGCCGAGUGGUGGGCCUGAUACGAGGAGGUUAUCGGCCAUGUUUACGUUUGAGAUGCAUGUGAUUGCGCCGUUGUAUUUUGUGGCGGCCAAGUGCAGACACCCCAUGAUCAGGAGGGCGGCGCUGGAGUUGCUGAGGCGGAACCCGGGACGGAGGGAGAACUUGUGGAGGGCGAAUGUGAUGGCUACUAUUGCGGAGCACACCAUGAAGUUGGAGGAGAAGCAUUUGAGAAGCAGGGGGGAGAGGUCGGUUUCGCCGCCGGGGGCGGUCGGGGGUGGGAGUAUGCAGCAGCAUUUUCCAUAUCAGUUUGGUCCGGGAGAUGCCUGGGGUGGUGGGGGGUUGGAGGGGGUGCCUUUUCCGGAUGGGUUUCUUGUUGGGGGGCAUCAUCAUCCAGGGCAACAACAACAACAACAACAACAGCAGCAGCAGCAGGGGUUUGGGUUGUUUGAUUCGAUUCCUGUCGGUAAUAACAGGCCGAUGUCGAGCAGUGCGACUGCUGUUUCGGUCGAGUAUGGUGGGAUGGCCACCGGGCAGCAGCAGCAGCAGCAGCAGCAGCAUCAUAUGCCUAUUGAUCCGUCGCUUCUGUUUGAUGCGAGCACGGCGGCGGAGGUGUCGUCUGCGCACUCGUUUAGUGUGGCGCCGUCGAUUGCUUCGUCACUUGACGAUUUGGGGUCUUCGCAGACGAUAUUUGUUGGGGGUGCUGGGAAAGGGAGCACUAACCCUGCUCCUGGGGGGUCACAGCCGACGCAUUCUCAGGUUUCGAGCUGGGGGGGUUCGACUGGUGCUAAUGUUGCUCCCGGGAUUGCACUUGAGCCGCCUACUCCGAGGGAUGAUUCCCCUUUUGGGCAUAUCCUUUCGCGGCAGAGCCAGAGCGUGGGGAGUCCGAGUGUGGGGAGUGAGGGGUCGCCGGAGCUGAGUGCUAUUGAUUCUUUUGGGGGUUACCAACUGCCGUAUCAGAAUAAUGGGUAUGGGAUGGACUUUGUUUUGGGUGGUGGUGGGGGAGGAGGAGGAGGAUAUGGGGGGAUGGGGGGAAUUGGGGGUAUGGGGAAUAUGGGUGGUGGUGGUGGGAUGGGGGGUAUGGGAGGGGGUAAUAAUAACAAUGGGGGGAUGCAGUUUUGGAGGAGCGGGGAUGCGCCGUAUGAUGUGCCUGAGAGGUAUAGGGUUAGGGAGAGCAUACUCGGGCCGGAGAAGGAGGAUGGGAGCAGUUGGGUGAUGAUGUUUAGGAAGUUGGGGGGGUUGGAUGGGGAGUGGGAUGUUUUGACUGAGAGUGUGGUUUGUUGA